AAAAUGGCGACCUCCGGUGUUCACGCAGGGCGUCAUGUUUACCAAAAGACCUUAAUAUUUCUUAAUAAUUUUGAGCGAAUAUGUCAUCGCAGGAGUUUUGCAUGGACCGCAUCUGCUUGGCAGAAGGCUGCAGUGGCAUCGGGUGGAUCCUCAGAAGAAAUCGUCAUACCUAAAAAGAAAACAUGGAAUAAAGAUGCGGUUUUGCAGGCGCUUACAGCUACAGUGAAAAGGGACCAUACAGCAUCAAAUUACAUGUUCCAAGAUGACCCAUAUCUCAUACCAAGGACUUCAGGAGAAUAUAAAUUAUAUUCCCUCUCCCAAGAGUCUGGCAGAGCCGCAGCCAAAUACUUCAUCGAUACGUACCCUAAGUUUUUCCAGAAGGAUUUUGCUGAGCCACAUAUUCCUUGUCUGAUGCCAGAGAACCUGCAGCUGCAGAUCGAGGAGGUGUCUGAGGCGGCCCUGGGGGAGCGCAUCCAGCUCCGGAAGGUUAAGGCUGCAGUGGAUAUGUACGACCAGCUGAUGCAGUCAGGUGCAGCCUUGUCACUGGAUGUCACCAAUGACCUGUUGGACCUGAUAUGUCUCUAUGGCGACCAGGACCCAAAGCAGGAUGACAACAGUCCAGAGCAAAGCACAGAGGAAGUGGAGGAGGCUCAGGAUGAUGCUAAGAAGGGGAGGCCGAGACUACGCAGAGCAUCUGAUAUCAUUAGGGUUACCUGGAAAGAGAACAAUAACGCUGAGAGGAUCUUCAACCUCAUGCCAGAGCGGGACAGCAGGUCAUAUGGUGCACUGAUUCAAGGCAUGGUCAGGCAUGAAGCUUUCGCAAAGGCAUUCAGCACUUACGUUGACUUGCUAAAUAAUCGAUUGACAGCUGACGUUAACACCUUCAACGCACUUAUUUCUGCUGCCCCUGAUGUCCAUGAAAAGUAUGCUGAGAGAUGGGAGCAGAUUCUGGACCUGUUGAAGCACAUGGCGGAUCAGAAGGUGAGGCCCAACCUGCUGACCUUCAACGCAGUGCUGAAGGCCCUGAGGAGGUGUGGCCCCGUAGCCAGGUCACAGGCACUCCUCGUCUUCGGAGAGAUGACCGCCCUCGGCAUCGAACCAAGUUUGGCUACUUAUAACCAUAUCCUGGCCAUCUAUACUAGACCAGUAACAUCUAACCAAGGGAACACUGGAAUGCUACAGGAUGUCCUGAAUAGAAUUUCUGGAAGUAGCUUCGAGCCGCAUGACCCUGAUGAUGUGUUGUUUUUCCUCAACGCCAUGAGAAUUUGCCUGGAGCAUAAGGACUUGGAGCAGGCCUACAGGCUUCACAGCCUGGCGCAGCAAGGCGACAACUGGAAGCUGCUUGGGGAUGCAUUCCAACAGAACCUAUACUAUGGUAGAUUUUUCAACUUGCUGUGCAUGAUGGAGAAUAUCGAUGUGGUCCUGAAAUGGUACAAGGAGUUGGUACCAUCAGUGUAUUUCCCAAACUCUCAAGGAAUGCGAGACCUGCUCCAAGCACUUGACACAGACGGCAGACUGGAUCUCGUGCCCCAGAUAUGGAAGGAUGUGAAGCAGAUGGCUCUGGACAGGGUGGACCUGGUGGAGGAGAUGCUGUCCCUCAUGGCCAGAGAGAAACACAGCCCCGAGGUUCACCAAGCCUUUGCAGUGUGUGCCCUGGACAUGAAGAAGCGCUUUGUUCCGGGCAUAUCCAACAAGCCAGCGCUGGAGUGGACAGCCAACUCCCUGGGCAAUGUCACGGCCAUCAUGCUAGCAGCCCAGAAGAGACCACUGGCCUGGGAGAUGAUGCAACUCUUCAAAGCCAACAACAGAGUUCCAAGUGAUGCACUGAUGCAGGAGUUCCUGUCCAGUAUAAAGGAGGCGCAGGACUCCCAGCAGGCUGUGGAGCUGGUGCAGCUGUCUGCAGGCUUCUGCCUCCCCACCAUCCCAAAACUCAUCGAGAAGGUGCAGCAGGAGUUUGAACUCACCAAGGAACAGAAGGAGGCUCUUUCAUCGCUGGAAUCUUCAUCUGAUGAUGCCAUGUGAAGAACCUUGUUGUCGUCCAGUUACUUCAAAUUCAAUGUUGUCUUGUCUCUUACUGUUGUUCCUUGAGUGCUUUAUAAUAAAACCAAUUCAUUAAUGCCA